AUGGUCAAUCACGGUCAAUUUCAUCACCACCACCGAUGCAGUGGCUCGAUCUUACAAACCAUCAACGCACCACUCCCACUGGUAUGGUCGAUCAUUAAGCAAUUUGACCAACCCCAUGUAUUCAAAAAACUAGUUAAAACCUGUACUCUAAUAUCCGGGUCGGGCGAAGUUGGAUCGAUUCGAAGGGUUUGUUUUACAUCGGGUCUACCCGGAAAAACUAGCAUUGAAAGGCUGGAGAAGAUUGAUGAAGAGCACCAUGAGUUAGUGUAUAGGGUUAUUGAUGGAGACCAUAAACUUGUUAAUUUUCAAGCAACUACUUCGUGUAGUGAGGUAGAAGAUGAAAAUGGAAUUGGGAAUAAAAAGACGUUAGUAGAAGAAUGCUAUACGGUUGAUGUACCGGAAGAUAGCAAUGAGGAGGAUACACGUUAUUUUGCUAAUACUAUUAUUGAGCUUAAUCUUAAGAAUUUGGCUACUGUUGUGGAAAGAAUGGUUUCUACCAAAUAA